AUUAAUUAUUCUUAUAUUUAAUUCCCUGUCGUUAAGUAAAAAGUAUUUUGCUUUUUAUGUGAAGUUUUAGAGCUGUAACAGACACUUGAGAAAUCCUAAUUGGAAAAAGGUUAAUAGAUUUUUUUUUACGUUACAGAAAUUAACCUCAAAUAAAACGAAUUAAACUCAGUAUCUAAAUGCAUUUGUAUUCCUUGAAAUGGCUUCACCUCAGAGUGUGACAGUGGAUCAAGUAAGACUUAUUUUAAGUGAAAUUAUUGAAGCCCUGGAGUCCCCCGACUAUGCCCCGAAACUGGACGAGGCAAAGGAGGCUGCCGGGAAUGAGAUGCUGAAAAUGAUGCAAAUUGUUUUCCCCAUGGUUGUUCAGAUUGAAAUGGAAACAAUUAAAAGACACGGAUUUAUUAAUUCCCGCGAAGGUAUUGUACAAUUCACACAACUAGUCCGUGAGAUGGAGCGAGCAGAUACAGAGGUGGCCCGCUUGCAUAGCCAGGUGCGCUCGCAUUACUUGCCUCCUGUCUCCAUCAGCUCCACUGUGGAUACCUCGCUGUGAAGUUGCCAGCAGUUAAGU